UCAGUCAGUCAGCAGCCAGGAACAGGCCCGCAGUGUGUUUCUGCUCUCAACGAUCCACCCUUCACCUCUUCAGUCAGAUUCUCAGCAACACCUUAACAUGAUGCUCGAGCAUGAGGAGUUCACCAAAGCAGGCAAGAAAGCUGGCCUGCAGAUUUGGAGGAUUGAGAAUAUGGAGUUGGUCCCUGUGCCCGACAACUUACAUGGGAGCUUCUACACAGGGGAUGCUUAUGUCAUUCUCUACACUGUCAAAAAGAAAGAGAGCUCUUUUUACCAUCUGCACUACUGGCUGGGAAAAGAGUGCACCCAGGAUGAGAGCACUGCUGCAGCCAUCUUUACUGUGCAGCUGGAUGAUUACUUGGGUGGAAAGCCAGUCCAGUACCGAGAACUACAGGGGGUUGAGUCAACUGCCUUCACCAGCUACUUCAAAGGAGGGCUCACUUACAAAACAGGAGGUGUGGCCUCAGGUUUCAACCAUGUGGUCACCAAUGACCUUGCAGCACAGAGACUUCUACAUGUCAAGGGUCGGCGUGUUGUCAGAGCCACCCAAGUCCCCUUCAGUUGGUCCAGCUUCAACAGUGGAGACUGCUUCAUCAUUGACCUCGGAGAUAAGAUCUACCAGUGGUGUGGAUCCAAGUGUAACAAGUAUGAGCGACUGAAGGCAACACAAGUGGCCAGGGGUAUCCGAGACAACGAGAGGAAUGCUCGUGCAGAAGUGAUAGUCGUAGAAGAAGGAAGUGAACCAUCAAAGUUAACAGAUGUUCUUGGAGACAAGCCACAGCUGUCAGAGGGAGGUGAUGAUGAUGAUACAGAGGCAGACAUGUCUAACAGAAAGAUGGCUAAACUAUAUAUGGUGUCUGAUGCAUCAGGAUCCAUGACAGUGACUGUUGUGAAGGAAGAAAACCCCUUCCUGCAGAGUGACCUACUUUCAGAUGAAUGCUUCAUCCUGGAUCACGGCAAAAAUAAAAUUAUAUUUGUAUGGAAAGGACAUAAUGCUAAUCCCAAUGAAAGGAAAGAGGCCAUGAAAACAGCUGAGAACUUCAUCAAGCAGAUGGGCUACCCAGCAAACACACAGAUUCAGGUGCUCCCAGAAGGAGGAGAGACUCCCAUGUUCAAGCAGUUCUUCCUGGAUUGGAAGGAGAGAGAUCAGAGUGAGGGUUUUGGGAAGGUGUUCACCACUGAGAAGGUUGCCAAGAUUCAGCAAGUUGAGUUUAAUGCCUCAAAACUUCAUGAGUCCCACCACAUGGCAGCUCAAUAUAACAUGAUGGAUGAUGGGAGCGGAGAAACACAGAUCUGGAGGGUGGAGAGCAGUGGUAGAGUUCCUGUUGAUCCUAAGAACUAUGGUCAGUUCUACGGUGGAGACUGCUACAUCAUCCUGUACACUUACAGGAAGGGGCAGAUAAUCUACACCUGGCAGGGAGCCAGCUGCUCUGUGGAUGAGCUAACUGCCUCAGCGUUCCUGACCGUAGAGCUGGAUCGCUCACUGGGAGGGAAUGCAGUUCAGGUCAGAGUGUCUCAGGGUAAAGAACCCCCACAUCUGCUCAGUCUUUUUAAAUCUAAACCCCUCAUUGUGUAUAAGAGCGGCACAUCCCGCCUGGGCAAUCAUCCUCCUCCACCUCCUACGCGACUCUUCCAGGUCAGACGGAACCUGGGUACCAUCACCAGGAUUGCUGAGGUUGAUGCCAGUGCCGCCAGCCUAAACUCUAAUGAUGCCUUCUUUCUGAAGACCCCUGAUGGGCAGGGAUUUCUGUGGAUAGGCAAAGGGGCCAGUGAGGAAGAGGAAAAAGGAGCUGAGUACAUGAGUAAAGAGCUGAACUGCAGCUGCAAACGCAUCACUGAAGGACAAGAACCAGCUAAUUUCUGGGCUGAAUUAGGAGGGAAGGAGGAGUACCAGACAUCAGAGAGGCUGGAGAGUCAGUCUAUGACUCAUCCUCCUCGACUCUUUGGAUGUUCCAACAAGACUGGCAGGUUCACAAUUGAGGAGGUUCCAGGAGAUUUCACACAGGAAGACUUAGCUGAAGAUGACGUAAUGCUGCUGGAUGUUUGGGACCAGGUGUUUGUCUGGAUCGGAAAGGAUGCAAACGAGGUGGAGAGGGCUGAAUCUCUCAAAUCUGCCAAACAGUACAUUGAGACUGACCCAGGGGGGCGUGACAAGCUGACUCCUGUGGUGGUGGUGAAACAAGGCCAUGAACCCCCCAACUUCACAGGCUGGUUCCUGGCCUGGGACCCUUCCUACUGGGACUCUAUCACCAGGAGCGUGAGGUCUCUGAAUGUUUAAAACAUUCACAUGAUAAAUCAACAGAACACAGAAAUAUUAUCAUCUUUAUAAUCAGCACAAUUUAAAUAUAUAUCUACAUGUGUACUGUCGGUGGUAGAUUUCUUCCCUAAAGUUUGUAUUAAAAUCCUUUAAUGAGAACAGUCCUGUAUUCACUGCACGUUAAGCUGCUUUCUCAUACCAGCUGAAACAACUCAGCUUAGACUGAGCAGAGCUAGUUAAGUCAUUGUAACUUCCAGUUUUUGUAAAAGCUUGCUUUGAUAGUAAUCAGUAAUUAAAGGUUUUUAUGGCAUGCAUAAUGUUAUAAGUGUUUAUGAAGUCUUUGCCAGCUGAGGAGCAGGGUUUCAGCUCGUCCCUGUUAGUACUCUUAUUGCAGCAUUUUGGAUUAACUGAAGGCUACUGGGUCAUCUUCUCACAUUACAAUAGUUCAGUAGUCCAGAGCAUUAUUCUGUGGUAGGAUGUUCCUGAUUUUGACAAUAUUGUGCAGCUGAAACAAAGCGUGUCAACUUCAGAGCUACAUAAUAAAAGUAGAUAAUCAAAUGUU